GCUGGACGGCAGCUGUGUAAUGUCUAUCAUCCUGUCAGGCUGGGCGUCCUCUUCACUGCUGAUGGCUCGGGUGGUCAACAGUCUGGCCCUCGAGGGACCGUAGUCCUUCCUCUCCACAGAGGGGGGCAACGUGGGCAAGGAGCACGUUUCAAUCUCAGGUGAGCACCCAUCAUGGAGCCAGCGAGUGAAAAGUUCAGAUGUGAGCUUGAGGAGUUCUUCAGGAGGGGAAGAUAAUGUGGAGAACUGGCCCAGGUCCGUCUCCUCCUGGAACCUCUGGUACAAGAAAACAAGGAGCAAAUCAAUAUCAUCCACAUGAGUGUCUGCUUCAGAUCCAGGAUGAGGGAGUGAUUUAGGUGCUCAUCCCAGAGGUUUUUAAGGAGCACAUGCCAGGAGUCCAGGAGGACAACUGCAGCAGGGAACACACAGCACUGCAGGGAAAUUGUAAAACAACAACACCAAAGACUUGGGCAGGCAUGGCGUCAGACGGAUUAGAGAUGCCUCCAUCUCCACCAGAGGACCAGAGGGAGGAUGGGGCAGACACAGAGGCAGGGGUCCCCCCUGACCCUGAAAAUGGCAAAGAUACAGUAAAGUCUUCAACGGAGCCAGCAGGACAGGAUGAAAACAGUGUCAGCGUGUGCAGGUUUUUCCUGAUGGGGAGGUGCCACUUUGGACACAGAUGUCGCUUCUCACACAGUGCCCCGUCAGUGGAUGAUUCAGGAGUUGCAACUUCUGACCAGGAUGACAAAUCCAAGAAGAAAGUGAACAAAUCAAGAAACCCAAGAUCUGAGACAAAAGAGGUGAACAAAAAGCCCCGCAUGCGCACAGCAGAUGAUGUUAUCUCUCGAAUCCUGUGGGACUCCUCAGUGGACUCAUCAGAGUUUGUAGUGGGGUACGUGGAUCGCUUCCUGGGUGUGUUGGACCGUCCCUUUGAUGACUUUAACUGGGACGUCAACCCCUGUGACUGUGAUUACACAACUGAGCUGGCCCUCCCCAGACACAGGAUCCAGUACUUCACCUACAGAGGGCACCGCGUGUGGGACCGCCACAGCAGGACCGACAAGGUCUUUGGAUCCACCGGUCAAUCUUUGGCUCCCCCCUUUGGAGGGGAGGGGGAAGUAAAGGAAAUAAACACAGACGGCCAGGAAGAACAGCAAGAGCUCCCUAGAACAAUAGAAGAGCAGCCACCUGCUGUAUGUGGGCAGAAGGAGAGUGAAUCAGGCGAGUGUAUUCAUACCGAAGACACACAUCUGGAUGAGGAGAAGCAGAGGGAGAUGAAUAUUCACACUCCUGACUCAACACCAGCAGCUCCACAGUGCGGAAGAGACACUUCUCAGGAAAAACAGGAAGCACGAGGAGCAUGUGUUAUGGAGGAUCCAGAUAAAAGACUGGAGUCUUCAACAGACUACAUGUCCUCAUCCCAAAAAGAAGAAAAAGAAGAAGAAGGUGUAAAAGAGGAGACUGAGGGGGAUACUUCAGCAGAAUGGCAAGAGAGUUGGGAAGGCAAUGAGGAUACUCUGAGUAAUCUAGGAGCCCUGAACAUCAGCCAGAAUCCAUCAACCCCUCUGGAGCAGAGGGAGGAGAAGCAAGGUGGUCGCCCCGCUAAAAAGCGACCCACACACUUCAUCACCUUCAGAGCCAACACUCCUGCUGUCCUCUCCUGUUUCCAGCAGCUGCAGGAAGAGCUCACCUCCCUCCUCCCCUCCUCUGCCCCUCACUGGCAGACAGCCUCCAGCCUCCAUGUCACCAUGUGCCUCCUGGUGCUGUCCGGCCCUGCUGAGGUGGCCGCUGCUGGGGAGAUCCUGCAACGGUUUGCCCAUUUGGAUCGAAACCCUCCCGUGGCUCUGACCUUUCCCGUGAAGCUGAAACAUUUCAACGGGAAGGUGCUGUACCUGAGUCCCCAACCUCAGCUCCACCUCCAGCAGCUCAACAGUGGCCUGCAGGAGGCUUACAGGGAGGAGGGCUUGCUCCACAGGGACUCUUUCAACCCACGCUACCACCUUACGCUGGCCAAGGUAGAGGACAGAGAUGGGGAGAGGAUAUUUGAAGGGGUAGGGGACCUGAAGGUGGGAAAGGGAUUAAAUUUUGGUCGCCUGCCUGUAAACACCUUACACCUUUGUACCAUGGGAGUCUCCAAAAUAGAUGGUUUUUAUGAGACUGUGUGCACCGUAACUCUCAGAUGAUAGCUACUUUAAACACAUUUACUACCUUCAUGUACGGUGAUACUUUAGAUACUCUUGUGAGGGCAGUACUACUGACGUAAGCACUUUUGAUGGGGCGUAACAAACCAAAUUUGGUGUUUGUAUUUUAACUAUUGUAGAAGAUAAAUAAUAAUUUUUACAAUUAUUGUUAAAUUAUUAUUAUUUCAUAUAUUGGGGGCACUUUCUAAGAGUUAGGCCAAUCAAAUUUGAAUAGGAAGGCCUGAAGGGAGUCGAGUAUAACUCUAUGCAGGGGUGCACAAUGACAGAUUAAACCUUAUCAACCUGCAAGGUUACUCUAGUCCUGCUUAGCUUAAAUGAUUAUAUGAGGGAUUGAAUGAAAAUGAUUGUAUUUUCUUAAUGAAUGUAGUUUAAACGGUGUGACAUUGAUGAUUCUAGAAGAAAAUUCAUGCUAAAUUUGAUGUUAGAGCUGCUACAACACAUCCAUGACUGGAUAUUAGUGCAGGUGUUAAAUGGUUGAACAGAGGAAGGUAAACUCAAUGUAACUUAAUGGAGAAUAAAAACAGUCAGGGGCUGUUACAUUUAUUAUAGUUUACUGUUUGGUUUAUAUUUCAUGUUUAAAUGUUUUUUUAUCCGUCGACUCAGUUUGGGUUUGUUCUCAGUUUUUUUUUCAACAAUCUUUUAAUCUUUUUAGACCAAAGUUAAUUUAUCACAUUAAGAUUUAAACAACAAAUGAAUCUGUUUCCACAAUACACAUUAGCUGCAGCAUCAGUCAAACCCAUAGAAUAAGCAACUACAGUACUGUCAGUGGAUCCCCUGCUGCUGUAUGACACAUGUAGAUAGUUUUUCAUCUGUUGUCAUUUCAUCUGUUGUCAUUCCAUAAUUUCACCAUCAAUGCAGAUUAGAAUACCUUCUUUCUUUAAAUAUAAAACGCCUUCAGUAGAAUGUAAAUGACUUCUGGUGCAUGAGGCCAGCUUUGAUGCACAAGCCUGACUUUAUUCAUGCCUUGCUUUGAUAUCAACUGUUUAACAGCCACACAGACACUACAUAUGCAUCUGCCAUAAAGGCUUAUGCACCAGACAUAAAUUGUUUACGAGGGGGAAAAGAUUACAUUUUUCUUUGCGGCCAUGAAUUAACCAAAGUGGAUGUAAUCUGCAGCUCUUAAUUCCCCGGUUUUUACAAUCUGUUUUCUAUGAAUAUUGUAUGCACUGUUUUCCACAGAAGCCUUUGUUCAUUUUACAACGAAUGAUAAGCAGUAGAUUGUAAAGGGUAUUAAAUAUUAAAUUGGCUGUUUUAAA